AUGCUCUCCACGGCCCGCGCGGUGACCUCGCCCGCCGCGUGCGCUGCCCAGCACCAGCAGCAUGGCGGGAGCCGGUUCGUCGUGUUCCUGGCCGGCGAUGACGGGAGGGGAGCUGCCGGUUCCAGCAGCGUGCGUGCGCCGAGGCCGCGCUCUGUGGCAGCGCGUGCCGCCGGCUCGUCCAACCACGCUGUCUGCCUCGAGGCGGCCGCGCCGUGGAGCAUGGACUGUGUCGCGGCGCCGGCGACCGUGUCGUACGAGGAGAGCGUGCGCCAGGUCGUGCUCAAGCAGGCGGCGCUCGCGGCCUCGACCACGCCGAGGAAGGCGCGGCACGCCGGCCGUGACGCCGGCGUGCUGGACGCGGCCUUCGACCGCUGCGGCGCGGUGUGCAAGGAGUACGCCAAGACGUUCUACCUGGCCACGCAGCUGAUGACGCCGGAACGGAGGCGGGCGAUCUGGGCGAUAUACGUGUGGUGCCGGAGGACGGACGAGCUGGUGGACGGCCCGAACGCGGCGCACACGUCGGCGCUGGCGCUGGACCGCUGGGAGUCGCGCCUCGACGGCGUCUUCGCCGGCCGGCCCUACGACAUGCUCGACGCGGCGCUGGCCGACGCCGUGGCCGCCUUCCCGGCGGUCGACGAGCGGCCGUUCCGGGACAUGGUCCAGGGGAUGCGCAUGGACCUCGCCAAGUCCCGCUACGCCACCUUCGACGAGCUCUACCUCUACUGCUACCGCGUGGCCGGCACCGUGGGGCUCAUGACCGUCCCCGUCAUGGGUGUCUCCCCGGGCUCCCAGGCGGACGUGGAGACGGUGUACGCCGGCGCGCUCGCCCUCGGCGUCGCCAACCAGCUCACCAACAUCCUCAGGGACGUCGGCGAGGAUGCGAGGAGGGGAAGGAUCUACCUGCCGCAGGACGAGCUAGCCAUGGCCGGCAUCUCCGAGGCGGACAUCUUCGCCGGCCGUGUCACCGACGAGUGGAGGAGCUUCAUGAAGGGACAGAUCGCGAGGGCCAGGGCCUACUUCAAACAAGCCGAGCAAGGCGCCGCCGAGCUCAACCAGGAGAGCCGAUGGCCGGUGUGGGCAUCUCUGCUUCUGUACCGGCAGAUCCUGGACGAGAUCGAGGCCAACGGCUACGACAACUUCAGCAAGCGGGCCUAUGUUCCCAAGGCCAAGAAGCUGGCGGCGCUGCCCAAAGCUUACCUCAGGUCCCUCAUGCCUCCUCCUUCUUCGCAGAGGCGCCGUUGA